AUGUUUUAUCCGAGUCCUCGAGUUCAGGUCAGUGCGAUUCGUCCCGGAAAGCCAAAAUUGCGUAGAAUUGAAAGUUAUGGAAAUACAACUUGCACAAAUACGUGUCGGGAAAGUUUUCGGCAAUUUCUUUUGAAUUGUACAUUGCAUGGAUUAAAAUAUGUGGGCGAUAGAAAUAUCACAUAUUUCGAACGCACUUUUUUUGGAUUGAUGUUUCUGUUGGUGUUUUUUCUUUCGGUCUUCUUUAUAUCCAAUGUUUGGAUAAAGUACUCUGCGUCACCAAUGAUUAUAUCGUUGAGUUCAAUGUCAACAGACAUUAGAGAAUUACCGUUUCCAGCCGUUACAAUCUGUAAUAUGAAUCAGGCAGUGAAAUCAGUAGUUGAAACAAUUCCAAAGGAUAGUGAAGAUUAUUCAAUGACUCAAAGUUUGUGUACGGAUGCAGUUGAUACAAAUGUUACAAAUUCCAAAGAGGGAAAAUGGGCCGCUUUCCAAAAUGAACAUAAAAUUGAAGCAGUUAGAAGAUUCUUUAUACAUCAGGUGUCUCAAUCAUGUCAAGAUAUGUUAAUCAAAUGCAUUUACGGUGGAAUCACAUACAAUUGUACCGAUAUAUUUUUGACGGUGCUCACCGAUGAAGGGCUUUGUUGUACGUUCAACGGAUUGAAUAAAAAAUUCAUCGCUCAACCCAAAUACAAUGAGUCGCACGAAUUCAAUAUAAGUGCCACAUUGGAAGCAUACGCAAAUAAUUGGUCAGCCGAAAAAGGUUUCGGAUCGGAAGAGUUAAAAAACAAUAAACUUGGAUAUCCACGACCAGUUGCCGGCACUGGCACUAACUUGGGGUUGAGCAUUAUUUUAGAUGCGGGCAUUGCCGAAUACUAUUGUAGUAGUACAAAUAGUUACGGAUUCAAAUUUUUGCUACAUAGUCCAAAUGAGGUGCCAAUGAUAUCCACUUACGGAACUUCAGUUUCGAACGGUUAUGAAAGUCGCGUUAUUAUCACACCAACUUUAUCGGAAGCAACUAAAAAAAUACGUAAAAUGGACGUUAAAGUCAGACAAUGUUUGUUUGAAGAAGAAAAUUUUCUAUUAUAUUAUAGGACAUAUACACGUGGCAAUUGUCAAAUGGAGUGUAACGCAAAAAUCUAUUUGAGACAAUGUAACUGUAUACUCUAUUACAUGCCUAGAUUCAAAGAUGAUAUUACAAUUUGUGGUCGUUCUGAUGAAGCUUGCAUUGAAAAAACUACCCUCCAAAUUCAAGAGCAUAAUAAUACCGAACUGUUGUGUGAUUGUUUACCCAGUUGUUUUGAAGUGACAUAUGAUUCUGAAAUAUCAAUGGCACCACUAUUGCCUCAGGCUCCGCUGCUGGCCAAACAAGGACUUUUGGGUCCAAAUGUAUCAGUUAUGCAUAUUUUCUUUAAGAAUAACUAUUUUCGAAGUCAAAGAAAAGACGAGUUAAUAGGAUUCACGGAAUUCUUGUCAAAUACCGGUGGUUUACUUGGACUGUUCAUGGGAUUUAGUUUAUUCUCUUUCAUUGAAAUUUUUUAUUUUCUAACAAUUCGACCGUUCAGCAACUAUAUAAAAGUAUCAGAAAAUCGUCAGAAAGUUCGACGUGUGGUUCGGAAAAUGAAAAAUCUUAGAACAAGAAAAACUUCGGCAUUUAUAAAAAGUCAUAUUGAACACACGGAAACACUUGACAAUAAUUUGAUUUAUCCAUACGUUAGACGUAUGUAAUACCUAUGAACUUUUGCACAAUUUGCACAAUUUUUAUUUACAUUUACAAGUGAAUAUUUUGCCAUGUGCAUACAA